CUUGGAUUGGUGCCUUAAUUAAAACUUUAAUGUGAACAUCAAAACUCACAUGUGGCGUCGUUUAGUAUAGAGAUAGAGAGAUAGAGUUGGCGUUAGCGAGAAGGAGAGGCCAGUAUUAGUCACAUAUCUCCAAAAACCAAAUCAACCCUUAUCCUCCCUCUUUUAUAUAUCUUCUCUUCACCCUCUCUUAUUCAAGGCUCUCUCUCUCUCUAUCUCUCUCGGAAUCUACGCUCCAAGGAUCAAAAUGGCACCGAGGUCAAGCAAAGGGAAGUCAAACAGAGGGAAAGGAGAGAAGAAGAAGAGAGAAGAGAAAGUGUUGGUGCCGAGUCUGGUUGAUAUCACAGUCACGACUCCUUACGAAACACAAGUGAUACUCAAAGGAGUCUCUACUGACAAGAUCAUUGAUGUGAAAAGGCUUCUGGCAUCUCAUGUUGACACUUGCCACCUCACCAACUAUUCCCUCUCGCAUCAGGUGAAAGGGCAUAGAUUGAGUGAUAACAUCCAAGUGGUUACCCUCAAGCCUUCUGUCCUCCGUAUGAUUCCGGAGAACUACGUGGAGGAAAGUCAAGCUUUGACUCAGGUGCGGAGAGUCCUAGACAUCGUAGCGUGCACCACCAGGUUCUCCUCCGUCUCCAAAGCUUCUUCCAACAAACUCAUCGCCGUCGGAAAUGGCAAUCCGGCAGCGGAGGGACUGGACAUGGUCGCUAUCCACCCGACGCCCAAGCUCUCUCAAUUUUACGAGUUUUUCUCCAUUCCCAACGUCUCUCCUCCGAUUCUUCAGUUGAAGAAAGUGGAUGGUGAAGAAGCUGGAGAGAGGCGUGAUGGUGACUAUUUUGAACUUAAGGUCAAGAUAUGCAAUGGGAAGGUUAUACAUGUGGUUGCAUCGGUUAAAGGUUUCUUUGCCGUUGGGAAGCAGCUCUCUCAUACCCAUUCCAUUGUUGAUUUGCUUCAGAAUGUCAGCAAUGCUUUUGCCAAGGCUUAUGAGUCACUGAUGAAAGCUUUCACUGACCGGAAUAAGUUUGGCAACCUUCCGUAUGGGUUACGCACAAACACGUGGCUUGUACCCCCUUCUGAGUCUUUAUCAACCUUCUCCCCUUUACCAACAGAGGAUGAAAACUGGGGAGGGAACGGUGGAGGCCAGGGGAGGAAUGGUGAACAUGAUCUUCGUCCCUGGGCGGCUGAGUUUUCUGUGUUAGCUACGCUUCCUUGCAAGACUGAGGAGGAGAGGGUUAUUCGUGAUAAGAAGGCUUUUCUGCUUCAUAACCUGUUUGUUGAUGCCUCUGUUCGAAGAGCUGUUAGAGCCAUUUCCGACGUGAUUGGUACUAAUCAACGCACAAGUGGAACUAGUGACUUCCCUGCAGGCUCCAUCCUUCUUGAAGAUCGGGUUGGAGAUUUGUCUAUUAUUGUAAAACGUGAUGUUGCCGGCCUUGACCAGAAUCCUAAAGGUGCAUUUCAAAAUGAAGCAUUUCCUUUGUCAUCCAAGGAACUUAGUGAAAGGAAUCUGCUAAAAGGGAUAACAGCUGAUGAGAGUGUCAUUGUUCACGAUAUUUGGGCUUUAAGCACAGUUAUUGUAAAGCACUGUGGAUAUACAGCGGUGGUAAAUGUCAAGGGCGAAACUAAGAAGGGAAUGGCUGGUUUACGUGAUAUUGUGAUCGAUGACUUACCGGAUGGAGGAGCUAAUGCUCUUAACCUUAACAGCUUAAGGGUUCAGCUUCACAGGUCCCAUAGUGUCGGAAAAUCUGGAGGGAACCAGCCUCCACAGUUUGAUUUGGAUGAUUUAGAGUCUUUUAGAUGUUUGGUACAUGAACUAGUUAAAAAUAACCUAACGAAGUUAGAAGAAGAAAGGGAAUCUUCCGAAAGGUCCAUCAGAUGGGAGCUCGGUUCUUGCUGGGUUCAGCAUCUACAAAAGAAAGAAACAGUAACGGAAGAUCUCUGUGGGAAGCCUGCAAUGAAUGGUGAGACUGACCUUUCAGUCAAAGGUUUGGGGAAACAAUUUAAAGUUCUAAAGAUGAAAAAUAAGAAAUCAGAAAAUACAAGUACCGUGAAGGGAAAGGAAGAAAAUAUCAGUCUACGCGAGUUAGAUGGGGAGGCUGAUCAACACUUUGAGGCUGAACUGAAGGAACUGGUUUCUGAAGAAGCUUUCUCUCGCCUAAAAGAAAGUGGAACUGGUCUCCAUUUAAAGUCAAAAGAAGAGCUUACCAAGAUGGUAUAUGGAUACUAUGAUGAAAUUGCUUUGCCAAGGCUGGUAGCAGAUUUUGGAUCCCUGGAGCUUUCUCCAGUUGAUGGCCGCACAAUGACAGACUUCAUGCAUAUUAGAGGACUCCAAAUGCGUUCUCUAGGACAUGUGGCUAAACUUGCUGAGGACCUUCCUCACAUACAGUCCCUCUGUAUUCAUGAGAUGAUUACGAGAACUUUCAAGCAUCUUCUUAGGGCGGUUAUUGCAUCUAUCAAUAAGAUGGCAGAGCUACCUGGGGCUAUAGCUGCGUCAUUAAAUUUCAUGCUUGGCCUCCAUGGGUUGGAAGGGAGUGAUGGAAUCUCCAGUGAAGAGUCUUGUCUCAGAUUACAGUGGCUACAGAAAUUUCUCUCCACUAGAUUUGGUUGGAUACAGAAAGAUGAGUUCAAGCAUUUGAAUAAAGUUUCCAUUCUCCGAGGACUUUGCCAGAAGGUUGGGUUAGAACUAAUUCCAAGAGAUUAUGACUUCGAUUCUCCAAAUCCCUUUAAGAGCUCUGAUGUUUUUGGCUUGAUACCUGUGUGCAAGCAUGUGCUAUGCGUUUCAUCUGACGGAAGGACACUCUUGGAGUCAUCAAAACUUGCUCUUGACAAAGGAAAACUAGAUGAUGCUGUCAACCAUGGAACAAAGGCAUUAGCCAAGAUGAUUGCUGUCUGUGGACCUUAUCAUAAAAAUACUGCUUGUGCGUACAGCCUUCUAGCCGUUGUACUGUACCACACUGGCGAUUUUAACCAGGCAACUAUAUAUCAACAGAAGGCUCUGGAUAUAAAUGAAAAAGAACUUGGUCUCGACCAUCCCGACACUAUGAAAAGCUAUGGGGAUCUUUCUGUAUUUUAUUAUCGCCUUCAGCACAUUGAGUUGGCACUGAAAUAUGUGAACCGUGCUUUGUUUCUUCUUCAUUUCACUUGUGGGCUAUCUCACCCGAAUACUGCUGCCACAUAUAUUAAUGUGGCUAUGAUGGAGGAAGGAGUAGGGAACGUUCAUCUAGCUCUAAGAUACCUACAUGAAGCUCUAAAGUGCAAUAAACGAUUGCUAGGAGCUGACCAUAUUCAGACAGCAGCAAGCUAUCAUGCAAUAGCUGUGGCUCUCUCUCUCAUGGAAGCAUAUUCAUUGAGUGUGCAUCAUGAACAGACUACACUUCAGAUACUUACAAAAACACUUGGAUCAGAUGACCUUCGUACACAGGAUGCUGCUGCAUGGCUUGAAUAUUUUGAAUCAAGGGCCAUAGAGCAGCAGGAAGCAGCUCGAAAUGGAAUCCCAAAGCCUGAUGCUUCCAUUGCGAGCAAAGGCCACCUUAGUGUAGAAGAUCUUAUGGACUAUAUAAGUUCUGAUCCAGACAAUAAAGGAAGUGUUGUUCACAGAAAACUGCGGCGUCUCACUGUUUCACCGGUCAGUGAUAGUGGUGCAUCAGCUGAUGAUGCUACCCACUCCGUUGCUUCACAGCAUGGCAUGGCUACAUUGAACGACGUGGUAGAAACAAAUGUCACUGAGAGUAAGAACGAAGUAAAUGAUCCUAAUGCCGUUGUGGAUGAGGUCGAAAUAGAGACGGGUGAUACUUUAGUACACAGGCUAAAUGUAGACAACCAAACUGUGGAAGAGUCAGCUUUAGGUGAGGGCUGGCAAGAGGCUUACCCAAAGGGGAGAUCCGGAAAUGGUGCUAGAAAGAAAUUUAGACAAAGGCAGCCUUAUCAGAGAGUGUCGCUUAAUAGAAAUCUCAAUGGAAGACAGGAUGUUCAUCAACAUUAUAUAGCUUCUCCCUUGCAGAAAACGACUCCAAGACCCUCACUCUCUAAGCCAUCAUCUCUUAGGGCUCUGAAGAAUGGAGAGAUAGAUGUCAGUAAAAAAACAAUUAAGCCACAAAUAAAGUCUCCUGGUUAUGCUGCGGCGACCAGUACUACUUUGGCUUCAAAGUCACUCUCAUACAAAGAGGUUGCUUUGGCACCACCAGGUACAGUUCUGAAGCCGAUGUUAGAAAAAUUAGAACUGAAUUUGGAAAGAACUGAAACUCAGAUAUACAGGAUCUCAAGUUCAUCAACCGGAGAAGAAAGCAAGUCUGAUGCUGUAAUGUCGGAUUUGCCAACGGAAGGCACAGAGCUCCCCUGUGAAAAAGAAGAAUCAGAAGAAAGUGUUGAGUCAGUAGAAAAUCUAACGUCAGAGCCUGAAGAGGAUUUAGUGUCCUGUCGUGAGCAAAAGGCUUCUGAUAUCAGCAGGAGAAAGCUGUCUGCCGCCGCAGAGCCGUACAAUCCUGGAGGUUUCUUGGUUACUGAUCCGCAUAGUCUGGCUGCAGAGCCUAUUUCCGGAACUGGAAUUCAUUCACCACCAUAUUACGGUGCUAAUUACCCAAAUGGAAAUGGAAUGCCAAAAACCAUGAAUCCGGAUGCACCAGAGUUCGUUCCGAGGAGAUCCGUGAUGAAAAGCUCUCUACAUGAAGGUGGAGAUGCAAGUGUAUCCGUUGACUCCAGCAGUGGCCUAGAGGCUGAGAAAAACGCAGCUGCGUUGAAGAAGGAAGAGCUGGCGAGGCAGAUACUACUUAGCUUCAUCGUAAGUUCAUCCCAGAAGGAGGUUGUAGCAUCUAAGAAGAAAGAAAACAAGCCUAAAGAUGACUUGGCAGAUACCUCUGCAAAGGAUAGUACAGUAACAGAGAUAGUUUACAGAAGAGAAGAGGACAGUGGAGUGAAGGAAAAUGAGACGGAUGGAGGUGAAGGGUUUGUCAUUGUUGCGAAGAAGAGGAGGAAGAAGCGACUUACCAACGAUGCAGCUGGGAUUUACCAUCAACCGUCGUCCGUUUGUGCAUGAUCUGAUAAGUGGAUUUGAUCAAAAUAAAGCUUCUUUGUUAAGCAGAGUAUACUCAUCUCAUUUGGCUUAUUGCAUUUCUUUUCGGGUUUGGGUGGUUCUGUUCUUAUGUAUGAUACACGUUAGACCUGUUGGUGCUGCAAAAAUUUCGUACAUUUUCCC